AUGAACUUUAAGAAAGUAAUUCCCGUGGCCGUCCUAGGCGCCUCCCUCCUGAUCAUCCUGCAGUUCCCGUAUUACGAGACCGUCCGGCGCCCCUUCUCCUGGCCAGUCGUUGCAGCGAGCCUGGCAACGGGGGGACGCGGUGAAGAAUCGCCACGCCCCUUGCCUCCGGCGCUUGAAGAAUCGCCACGCCCCUUGCCUUCGGCGCUUGAAGGAUCGCCACGCGUCCAGCUAGGCGAGACCCGGCUCAAGAAAGUGGUCGUCCUCGCGCCCAAGUACUUCAGACUGGGGAACAGCAAGAUGCUUUUGUCCCAGGGCUGUCCUGAGUGGCGGUGCCUCAUCACCUCGAACGCGAGCGAGGCUGAAAGCGCAGACGCCGUUGUCUUCACCAGGUUUACAGGUCUGAACUCGGUGCCCAGGAAGCGCCAUGCCCACCAGCGCUACAUCUGGGUGAACCACGAAUCGCCAGUGAACACCAAGAGAUUUAUAAAGAAAAAACAUUUCUUUAACUGGACUAACACGUACCACACGAAGUCGGAUCUCUUCACCCCCUACGGAGCGCUCGUGCCGCUUACGGCAAAGAAGCUUCCCGUGCGAGCCCCGAGCCCCAGCGACAGCAGAAGCACUUUCCUCAAGUACAAGCAGGACCUCGAGGCCGGAGUCUCGCUCGAGGACGACUCGAGCCAAGACUGGUCGGCCUUUCUCCGUCGCCCUCAACUGGCGGCGUGGUUGGUCUCGCACUGCCGCACUUCCUCGCAUCGCGAGAGGUACGUGAAGCAACUGCAAAAGUACAUUCCAGUGUCCGUGUUUGGGAGAUGCAGCAAGAAGAGGUGUGUAAGGUCUAAGUUGUGCUUCACUACGGUCCUGGCUCCAAACUACUCGUUCUACCUGUCCUUUGAGAACAGCAUCUGUAACGAUUACGUAACGGAAAAGGUUUGGAAUGCUCUGCAGUACGGGCUGGUGCCUGUCGUGUUAGGGGGAGCUAACUACUCGUCCAUUCUUCCUCCCAAUUCCUACAUUGACGCCAACAAGUUAAAACCGGAACAUCUCGCAAAGCUUCUUAAAAGUAUUGCGGCUUCCCCUCGCGAGUAUGGCCGUUACCACCUAUGGAGACUUUAUUGGAAAGUAAUGCAAGGUUUUUGGCCUCACUGUGAACUUUGCUACAAGUUGCACAACGACCAUAAUGUCACCAUUUACUCGAACGUGGAUACCUGGUGGAACGCCGUUGGGAAAUGUAGAGGAUCAACUGUCAUCUAAUCCUCCUCCUCUCUCUCUUCAAAGACCACGGGCUCAAAAUAAAAUAAUUGCCGGGAGAAAACUGCAAAUGGUUUGG